GACACCAGGCGGCUUGGGCUGUUGCAGGGCCGAGCAGCCUUCCUGAGCCCAGCAGCCAGCUUCCUAGGGGGCUGGAGCAUCCCAGCCCAGAUGGGAUCUCGCCACAGGAUGGACGGAGGAGCAGCAGCUUCUUGCAAAGUGCUCAUCUUAUUCACUGCAUGCAUCAUGCAGGCUAGUGGCCAAGGGUGUGAGCGUGGGCAGUUCCGCUGUGGAAAUGGCCGUUGUAUUCCUGCAGACUGGAGAUGCGAUGGAGCAAGGGACUGUUCAGACGAUACGGAUGAAGCUGGUUGUCCACAACCUACCUGUGAGGGAAAUCAGUUUCAGUGUCAGACUGAUGGAGAGUGUAUUCCACAGUCAUGGGUUUGUGAUGACGAGGAGGACUGUGAAGAUGGCUCAGAUGAGCAUCAACAAUGCCCGGGAAGGACAUGCUCAAGUCAGCAGUUCACAUGUUCAAAUGGACAGUGCAUCCCGAAUGGUUACACGUGUGAUCGAGUUAAAGACUGCACUGAUGGAACAGAUGAGAGAGGCUGCCGUUACCCAACAUGUGAACAGUUAUCUUGUGCAAACGGAGCAUGUUUUAAUGCAAGCCAGCGCUGUGAUGGUAAAGUAGAUUGCAGGGAUACCUCUGAUGAAGCUAAUUGCACCCAUGGAUGUGCCAGUACCCAGUUUCAAUGUGCUAAUGGAGAAUGCAUCCCCCGAGCCUUUAUCUGUGACCACGAUGACGACUGUGGAGACAGGAGCGAUGAAAACUCUUGCACUUAUGCAACUUGCAGAGGCAAUUUCUUCACUUGUCCAAGUGGCCGCUGUAUUCAUCAGAGCUGGGUUUGUGAUGGAGAUGAUGACUGUGAAGAUAACGAAGAUGAAAGUGGAUGUGAAAGUGGUCGCCAUGAGUGCUACCCAGGAGAAUGGGCCUGUCCUGUGUCAGGACACUGCAUUCCGAUUGGUAAAGUGUGUGAUGGGACUGCAGACUGCCCUGCUGGAGAAGAUGAAACUAACAUAACUGCAGGCAGACACUGCAACAUAUCCCACUGUGCUGCCUUGAGCUGCCAGUACCGCUGCCAUUCUUCACCAUCCGGAGGGACUUGCUAUUGUCCUGCGGGAUAUGUAGUCAGCAGCAAUGACAGUCGCACCUGCAUUGAUUUUGAUGAUUGUAAGAUGUGGGGUGUGUGUGACCAGCUGUGUGAAGACCGUGUUGGCCAUCACCAAUGUCACUGUGUGGAAGGUUAUUUCUUGGAGCAUCACCGCCACUGUAGAGCCAACACUUCAUCUGGUGUUGCAUCAAUUAUUUUCUCCAAUGGUCGUGAUUUGCUGAUUGGAGAUGUCCAUGGAAGGAGUUUUCGUACUUUGGUGCAAUCCCAGAAUCGUGGCGUUGCGGUCGGAGUGGACUUUCAUUUUUACCUACGUAGAAUCUUUUGGACAGACACAGUGCAAGAUAAAGUGUUUUCUGUUGGUAUUGAUGGUUCCGAUAUCCACGAAGUUUUAAAUGUUUCAGUUGACACACCUGAAAAUCUCGCAGUAGACUGGGUUAACAAUAAACUGUAUGUAGUUGAGACCAGUGUGAACAGAAUAGAUAUGGUAAACUUGGAUGGAACUAACCGUGUAACUCUUAUUGCGGAAAAUCUGGGAAAUCCUAGAGGAAUAGCACUCGACCCAACUGUUGGUUAUUUAUUUUUCUCAGACUGGGAUAAUCUUUCUGGAGAUCCUAAAGUGGAAAGGGCCUUCAUGGAUGGCACAAACCGACAAGAUUUGAUAAAAACAAAAUUAGGUUGGCCUGCUGGAAUAACUCUGGAUAUUGUAUCAAAGAGACUUUACUGGGUGGACAGCCGCUUUGAUUACAUUGAGACUGUAACUUAUGAUGGACUUCAAAGGAGGACAAUAGCUCAUGGAGGGUCACUGGUUCCUCAUCCCUAUGGAAUAAGCCUUUUUGAACAUAAUGUUUAUUUUACUGAUUGGACAAGGAUGGCAGUGAUAAAGGCUAAUAAGUUUGCUGACUCUAACCCUCAAGUUAUCUACCAGUCUUCACUGAGGCCAUAUGGAGUGACAGUUUACCAUGCUCUCAGGCAGCCAUAUGUAAGAACUCCUUGUGGAAGUAAUAAUGGGGGUUGCGAACAAAUCUGUGUUCUCAGUCACAAAACAGAUAACGAUGGGCUGGGCUAUCGCUGCAAAUGCACCCUGGGCUUUGAUCUACACAUGGAUGGGCGACAUUGCAUUGCUGUGCAGCAGUUUUUGCUCUUUUCAUCACAGUUGGCAGUGCGUGGCAUCCCAUUCAAUCUCUCCACUCAGGAAGAUGUGAUUAUCCCAGUGACUGGGAGCCCUUCAUACUUUGUUGGAAUUGACUUCUGUGCCCAGGAUGACACCAUUUUUUUUUCAGAUACAACUAGAGAUAUAAUUUAUAAACAAAAAACGAAUGGGUCAGGUAGAGAAAUUCUGACAGCCAAUAGGGUGGAAGGCAUUGAAGAUUUGGCCUUUGAUUGGAUCUCAAAGAACCUGUACUGGACAGAUCCUCGAUAUAGGAGCAUUAGUGUUAUGAGGCUGACGGAUAAAUCUAGACGAACUAUUGUCCAGAAUUUAAAUAACCCUCGAUCAAUAGUGGUUCAUCCUGUUAUUGGUUAUAUAUUCUGGACAGAUUGGUUCCGCCCUGCUAAAAUCAUGAGAGCCUGGUGUGAUGGAUCCCAUGCCUUGCCAAUUGUGAACACAACACUUGGCUGGCCCAAUGGCCUAGCCAUUGACUGGGGUGCUUUAAGGCUGUAUUGGGUGGAUGCCUUUUUUGAUAAAAUUGAGCACAGUACCUUUGAUGGGUUAGACAGAAGGACUCUUGAACGCAUUAAUCAGAUGUCUCAUCCAUUUGGCCUGACUAUCUUUGGAGGUUAUGCAUAUUUUACUGACUGGAGACUUGGAGGAAUUGUUCGAGUGAGGAAAUCAGAUGGAGGAGAAAUGACUAUUAUUAGGAGGGGCAUUAAUAAUAUUAUGCAUGUAAAAUCUUAUGAUGCUCAUUCUCAAAUAGGAUCUAACUAUUGUAAUAGAGGAACAAAUCCCAAUGGAGACUGCAGCCACUUCUGCUUCCCAGUACCUAAUUUUCAGAGGGUUUGUGGCUGUCCAUAUGGUAUGAAGCUGGGUCCUAAUCAGCUGACAUGUAUUGAAGAUCCAUCAAAUGAGCCACCCACUUUGCAGUGUGGUUCCUAUUCAUUUUCCUGUGGCAAUGGAAGAUGUGUGCCUAGGUACUACCGGUGUGAUGGUGUUGAUGAUUGUCAUGAUAACAGUGAUGAACAAAACUGUGGAUCGCUAAAUAAUUCUUGUGCUUCAUCAGCCUUUACCUGUGGCAAUGGGCAGUGCAUUCCAGGUCGCUGGCAUUGUGACAAACAUAAUGACUGUCUUGAUGGCAGUGAUGAACAACAUUGUCCUACACAGGGUCCCACUUCAUGCCCUGUAACCUUGUUCACCUGUGACAAUAGCAGGUGUAUUCCCAGGAUCUGGUUAUGUGAUACAGAUAAUGAUUGUGGUGAUGGGUCCGAUGAAAAAAAUUGCAAUUUUACAGGGACAUGUGAACCUGGUCAAUUUCAGUGUCCUGACCAUCGCUGUAUAGACCCAUUUUAUGUUUGUGAUGGGGACAAGGAUUGUGUAGAUGGAGCAGAUGAGCAUGAUUGCAUAUACAACUGUAGUGCCUCAGAGUUUAAAUGUGCAAGUGGAGACCAAUGCAUCAAUACUUAUUAUCAGUGUGAUGGUGUUUUUGACUGCAAUGAUCACUCAGAUGAGACUGGUUGUCCUACAAGACCACCAGGGAUGUGCCACCAGAAUGAGUUCCAGUGUCAGUCUGAUGGCAAUUGCAUUCCUGCUAACUGGGAAUGUGAUGGCCAUCCUGACUGUGCAGAUGGCUCAGAUGAACAUCAAAGAUGUCCUGCCAGGACCUGUCCUCCAUCUCUUUUCCGCUGUGAUAAUGGAAACUGCAUCUAUCGAGCGUGGAUCUGUGAUGGUGACAAUGACUGCAGGGAUAUGAGUGAUGAGAGAGAUUGUCCCACUCAGCCUUUCCGGUGCCCCAGCUGGCAGUGGCAAUGUCCAGGUCACAGCAUUUGUGUGAAUCUGAGCAAAGUAUGUGAUAACAUCGCAGAUUGUCCUAAUGGAGCUGAUGAAUCCCCACUCUGUAAUCAGGAGAGUUGCUCUGACAAUAAUGCUGGUUGUACUCACGAAUGCAUUCAAGGGCCAUUUGGAGCUCAGUGUACAUGUCCAGUCGGAUACUAUCUUGCUAAUGACUCCAAGACCUGUGAAGAUAUUAAUGAAUGUGACCCUCCAGGCUUUUGCAGUCAGCGUUGUUACAAUGAAAGAGGGUCUUCGAGGUGUUACUGUGAUGAAGGAUACAUUUUAGAAGCCAAUGGAAGGACUUGUAAAGCUGCAGAGUCUGAGAAUCUUCUCUUACUAGUGGCAAGCCGUAACCAAAUUGUUGUAGACAACAUCACCUCUCAGGCACACAGCAUUUAUUCUCUGGUUCGAGAUGGGAGGAAUAUAGUAGCUAUUGAUUUUGAUUCAGUCACUGAUCGCAUCUAUUGGUCUGACACCACACAAGAUAAGAUUUGGAGUGCUUAUCAAAAUGGCACAGACCGAAAAAUAGUGUUUGACAGUGGUGUCACCGUGACUGAAAGUAUAGCAGUAGACUGGGUAGGUCGCAAUCUUUACUGGACAGACUUUGUUCUGGAAACAAUUGAAGUCUCUAGAAUGGAUGGGAGCCACAGGACUGUGCUGAUUAGUGAAAAUAUAACAAACCCAAGGGGACUAGUGUUAGAUCCCAGAAUUAAUGCUCAUGUGAUGUUCUGGACAGACUGGGGCCAAAAUCCUCGAAUUGAAAAAGCUAGCAUGGAUGGCACAAUGCGAACAGUUAUUGUUAGUGAUAAAAUCUACUGGCCCAAUGGACUUUCCAUUGAUUACCCAAAUAAACUGCUGUACUUUGCUGAUGCCUAUCUUGAUUAUAUUGAUUUUUGUGAUUACAAUGGAAACCACAGGCGACAGGUGGUAGCAAGUGACUUGGUAUUACGACAUCCACAUGCUCUGACUCUCUUUGAAGAUUUUGUGUACUGGAGUGACCGAUACACUAAUCGAGUCAUUCGGGCCAACAAGUGGCAUGGAGGAAACCAAACAAUUAUGAUUUAUAACAUUCACCAGCCUUUGGGGAUUGUUGCAGUCCAUCCUGUUAAACAACCUGGUGGUAUCAAUUCUUGUGCAUCAUCUUCCUGUAGCCACCUGUGCUUGCUUUCUUCAUCAGGGCCUCGGUUUUAUUCCUGUGCCUGCCCUUCAGGAUGGACACUUUCUCCUGAUAAUGUGAACUGCAUGAGAGUUGAACAUCCCUUUCUUAUUGCUGUGAGAGAUAAUAUCAUUUAUGGGAUUUCUCUUAACCCUGCGGAGAAGAGCAAUGAUGCCAUGGUUCCAAUAGCAGGAGUCCAGAAUGGUGUUGAUGUUGACUUUGAUGACUCGGAACAGAUGAUCUAUUGGGUUGAAAAUCCAGGUGAAAUUCACAGGGUGAAGUCAGAUGGAACUAACAGGACAGUAUUUGCUCCAGCAGCUGUUAUUGGUGCUCCUAUUGGCCUGGCUUUAGACUGGAUAUCUGCAAACCUGUAUUAUAGUAACCCUGGCACACAGUCAGUUGAGGUACUGAAGCUACGUGGUGAAGUAAAGUACAGAAAAACUCUGAUUACCAAUGAUGGUACCCCUACUGGAGCUGGAGUGCCAAUUGGUUUGGCUGUUGAUCCAGCACGAGGGAAACUGUAUUGGACAGACCAAGGAACUGACAGCGGGGUCCCAGCAAAGAUUGCCGGUGCAAACAUGGAUGGCUCAGAUAUAAAAACCCUCUUCACUGGUAACCUUGACCAUGUAGAGUUUAUUACCAUUGACAUUAAGGAACAGAAGUUGUACUGGGCUGUCACAAGCACGGGAGUGAUUGAAAAAGGCAAUGUGGAUGGUACAAAUCGUGUGACCCUGGUUCUUCAUCUCUCUCACCCAUGGGGAAUCGCUGUCUAUGAUUCCUUUCUGUACUAUACUGAUCGAGAUUAUGAGGUCAUUGAGCGGGUUGACAAGUCCACUGGAGCGAACAAAGUGGUGAUGCGAGACAAUGUUCCAAGACUGAAGUGCCUACGAGUGUAUUACAGAGACAAUUCUGCUGGUUCCUCAAAUGGCUGCAGUAACAAUAUUGGAGUUUGUCAGCAACUUUGUCUGCCUGUGCCUGGUGGACUAUUUUCCUGUGCCUGUGCCACUGGCUUCCAGCUAAAUCCUGAUAACAGGACCUGUUCCCCCUAUAGUUCCUUUGUAAUUGUUUCCAUGCUGACUGCAAUUAAAGGAUUUAGCUUAGAGACAUCUGAUCACUCUGAAGCCAUGGUGCCAUUGGCAGGAAGAGGACGAAAUGCCCUUCAUGUGGAUGUUCACAUGCUUUCUGGUUUCAUUUACUGGUGUGACUUCAGCAGCACUAUUUCUUCUCAGAAUGCAAUACGUAAAAUUAAGCCGGAUGGUUCUUAUUUUAGAAACGUUAUUACAAAUGGAAUAGGACGAAAUGGAAUCCGUGGCAUUGCAAUUGAUUGGGUAGCAGGAAACCUUUAUUUUACGAACGCUUUCCUGACAGAGACUUUUGUAGAAGUUUUGCGUUUAAACACUUCUUAUCGACGUGUUCUCCUGAAAACCACAGUGGAUAUGCCAAGACAUAUAGUAGUAGACCCCCAAAACAGAUACCUCUUCUGGGCAGAUUAUGGACAGAAUCCAAAGAUUGAACGUGCGUUUCUUGACGGCACCAACAGAACAGUGCUUGUGUCUGAAGGCAUUGUCACACCACGCGGCUUGGCAGUAGAUCACAGCAAUGGCUAUGUUUAUUGGGUUGAUGAUUCUUUAGAUAUGAUUGCAAGAAUUCAGCCUGAUGGGGGUGAAGCAGAAAUUGUUCGCUAUGGUAGUCGCUACCCAACACCAUAUGGCAUCACCGUCUUUGAAAAUUCUAUGAUCUGGGUGGACAGGAAUCUGAAAAAAGUCUUCCAAGCCAGCAAAGAGCCAGGCAACACUGAGCAGCCAACAGUUAUACGAGACAAUAUUAAUUGGCUAAGAGAUGUUACCAUUUUCGACAGCCGUUUUCAACCACGGUCUCCCCUCAGUGUCAACAACAAUCCUUGUUUGGAGAACAAUGGAGGUUGUUCCCACUUGUGUUUUGCCUUGCCUGAUCUGCAGACACCUAAAUGUGGGUGUGCCUUUGGCACACUAGGAAGUGAUGGAAAGAGAUGUUCCAUUUCAACAGAUGAUUACUUGAUUUUUGCCCUUGAGAAUGCGCUUAGAAGCAUACAGCUCGAUCCUGAGAAUCACAGCCCCCCAUUUCGCACAGUGAAUGUGUUAAGAACUGCAGUGGCUCUAGAUUUUGACAGCAUGAACAAUAGAAUAUAUUUUACACAAAGUUCUCCAGCUGGGACAGGAAAAAUCAGUUACGUUAAUAUUUACUCAGGAACUGGCACUCCAACUAUAGUUGCGUCAGGUUUGGGAACUCCAGAUGGCAUAGCCUUUGACUGGAUCAGUAACAGAGUUUAUUACAGUGACUAUUUGAACCAGACUAUCAGCUCAAUGGCUGUGGAUGGAUCUAACCGCACAGUGGUUGCCCGUGUUCCACGCCCCAGAGCUAUUGUACUAGAUCCUUGCAGAGGAUACAUGUACUGGACUGACUGGAGUACCAAUGCUAAAAUAGAACGAGCUACACUUGGAGGAAACUUCAGAAUACCUAUUGUAAGCACCAAUUUGGUGUGGCCAAACGGACUUACCCUGGACUAUGAGGAACAGCAGCUUUACUGGGCUGAUGCACAUCUACAGAAGAUUGAGCGAUGCUCCCUUUCUGGUUCCAAUCGUGAAGUAAUCGUUAGUACUGCUCUAUAUCCAUUUGCCAUGACCUUGUUUGAUCAGCACAUUUACUGGACAGAUUGGAAUACCAGAAGUAUUUACCGAGCUAACAAAUACGAUGGCUCAGAUCAGAUUGUAAUGAUCAUGAAUCUGCCACAAAGACCAAUGGAUAUUCAUGUUUGGUCAAAAAGUAAGCAACAACAGUGCAUCAAUCCUUGCAACCAAUUUAAUGGCGGUUGCAGUCACAUCUGUGCACCAGGUCCUACUGGUGCAGAGUGUCAGUGUCCUUCUGAAGGUCGCUGGUAUUUAGCCAAUAAUAACAAGCACUGUAUUGUGGACAAUGGUACCAGGUGUGAUGGAGGGCUCUUCACAUGCCUUAAUGGACGAUGCAUCUCAGAGCGGUGGAAAUGUGACAAUGAUAACGAUUGUGGGGAUGGCAGCGAUGAGCUGGAAAGUGUGUGUGCUUUCCAUACCUGUCAGCCAACAGCUUUUACCUGUGGCAAUGGGAGGUGCGUACCUUAUCACUACCGCUGUGAUCACUACAAUGACUGUGGAGACAACAGCGAUGAGGUGGGCUGCUUGUUCCGAACUUGUGACUCCCACACAGAAUUUACUUGCAAUAAUGGAAGGUGUAUAUCUCUUGAAUACGUCUGCAAUGGUGUAAACAACUGUUAUGAUAAUGGCACUUCAGAUGAGAGAAAUUGCCCUGAACGCACUUGCCAAUCUGGUUUUACAAAAUGUCGAAGCACAAACAUUUGUAUUCCUCGAACAUAUCUGUGUGAUGGAGAUAACGACUGUGGAGACAUGAGUGAUGAGAGCCCCACUCAUUGUGUCUCACUGACUUGCACAAAUAGUGAGUUUCGUUGUACAUCUGGACGUUGUAUUCCUGCUCAGUGGUACUGUGAUCAAGGAGUAGACUGUGCUGAUGGCUCUGAUGAACCCGCCUCUUGUGUGUCCCAUGUGCGGACUUGUUCAAGUAUCCAGUUCAGGUGUGAUGAUGGCAGAUGUAUCCCAGCAAGCUGGAUCUGUGACGGUGAUAAUGACUGCGGGGAUAUGAGUGAUGAAGAUCAAAGACAUAACUGUGCAAACCGCAGCUGCACAGCCACUGAGUUUACAUGUGUGAACAAUAGGCCCCCACUGAGGAGGUGUAUCCCUCAGGUAUGGGUCUGCGAUGGAGAUGCUGAUUGCAGUGAUGCUUAUGAUGAACAUCAAAACUGCACGCGACGGUCUUGCACUGAAAAUGAAUUCACAUGUAACAAUGGAUUGUGCAUCCGAAACUCUUACAGGUGUGACAGGCGGAACGACUGUGGUGAUAGCAGCGAUGAGAGAGGGUGCAUCUAUCAGCCCUGCCAACAGCACCAGUUCACAUGUCAAAAUGGGCGCUGCAUUUCAAAGGCAUACAUCUGCGAUGGGGAUAAUGAUUGUGGGGAUGAAUCUGAUGAGCUGGAACACCUCUGUAAUACACCAGAAGCAACUUGCUCUCCCCAUCAUUUUAAAUGUGACAAUGGAAACUGCAUUGAAAUGGUUAAAAUUUGCAAUCGGCUGGAUGAUUGCUUUGAUAAUAGCGAUGAAAAAGGAUGUGGUAUUAAUGAAUGUAAUGACCCUUCAAUCAGCGGAUGUGAUCAUAAUUGCACAGACACCCUGACUAGUUUCUAUUGUUCUUGUCGUUCUGGACACAGACUCAUGUCCGAUAAACGGACAUGUGAUGAUAUUGAUGAAUGCAAUGAAACGCCAUCAGUAUGUAGUCAGAUUUGUGAGAAUACUGCUGGCUCCUACAUUUGUAAGUGCGCCCCAGGCUACAUCCGUGAGCCUGAUGGAAAAAGUUGCCGGCAAAAUAGUAAUAUCUCCCCCUACCUUAUUUUUAGCAACCGUUACUAUCUGAGAAAUCUCACAGCAGAUGGCCAGUCUUACUCUCUCAUUUUGCAAGGACUAAGAAAUGUGGUGGCACUGGACUUUGACAGGGUGGAAAAGAGGUUGUACUGGAUUGAUGUGGGGAGGAAGGUCAUUGAAAGAAUGUUCCUAAAUGGGACAAACAAGGAGACAGUAAUAAGUGAUGAUGUGCCAAAUGGGGAAGGUAUUGCUGUGGACUGGGUUGGCAGAAAAUUGUACUGGGUGGAUGCAUACAAAGACUGUCUCUAUGUUGCUGAGCUUGAUGGCAGAUUCCGGAAAAAAUUGGUGGAUCGGUGUGUGGACUCCAACAACACCUUCUGCUUUCAGUAUCCCAGAGCUAUUGUCGUUCAUCCAAAAUAUGGACAGGUUUACUGGACUGACUGGGCAGACCGAGCCUAUGUUGGAAGAGUGGGGAUGGAUGGCAAGAACAAGACGGUGAUUGUCUCUACCAAGUUAGAGUGGCCCAAUGGACUCACCAUAGAUUACACCAACGACAAGCUCUACUGGGCAGAUGCCCAUCUAAACUACAUUGAGUACUCUGACCUAGAGGGACGACACCGUCACACAGUAUAUGAUGGGACUUUACCUCAUCCAUUUGCAAUUACAGUUUUUGAAGACACCAUCUAUUGGACUGAUUGGAACACAAGAACUGUUGAGAAGGGAAAUAAAUAUAAUGGAUCAGGCAGGACUGUUCUGGUGAACACCACACACAGGCCAUUUGAUAUCCAUGUCUACCAUCCAUACAGACAGCCAAUUGUGAAUAAUCCUUGUGGUACCAACAAUGGUGGCUGUUCCCAUCUGUGUCUAAUAAAAGUUGGAGGUCAGGGUUAUUCUUGUGAAUGUCCCGAUAACUUCAUGGUGAUACAACUUGGCAACACAGCACACUGCCUUCCAAUGUGCUCCAGCACCCAGUUCCUCUGUGCAGACAGUGAAAGGUGCAUACCGAUCUGGUGGAAGUGUGACGGGCAGAGAGAUUGCAGGGAUGGCUCUGAUGAACCGCCGACUUGCCCACACCGAUAUUGUCGUGUUGGACAGUUCCAAUGUAGUGAUGGGAACUGCACUAGUCCCCAUUUCUUGUGUAAUGCUCUGCCAGAGUGUCCUGACAGAUCAGAUGAAGAUCAUGUACUUUGUGCUAAUCACCAGUGUGAGACACAUCAGUGGCAGUGUGCCAACAAACGCUGUAUCCCAGAAGCCUGGCAGUGUGAUAAAGAAGAUGACUGUGGGGAUAACUCAGAUGAGGAUAGUUCUCACUGUGCCAGUAGGACCUGCUCUCCAGGCCAGUUUAAAUGUGACAAUGGCCGCUGCAUCCCUCAGUCCUGGAAAUGUGAUGUGGAUGAUGAUUGUGGUGAUCACUCUGACGAGCCGUUCCACGAAUGCAUGGGUCCUGCCUAUCGGUGUGAUAACCACACAGAAUUCAGCUGUAGAACUAAUUACCGCUGUAUUCCACUGUGGGCACUAUGCAAUGGGUAUGAUGACUGCAGAGACAACAGUGAUGAACAAGGCUGUGAGGAGAUGACUUGCAAUCCUUUGGGAGAUUUCCGCUGUGAUAAUCACCGAUGCAUCCCGCUGCGCUGGAAGUGUGAUGGAGAUAAUGACUGUGGAGAUGGGUCUGAUGAGAACAACUGCAGCCCUCGCGAAUGCACGGAAAGUGAAUACCGUUGUGAUAAUUUGCGCUGCAUUCCUUCUCGGUGGGUUUGUGACCAUGAUGAUGACUGUGAAGACAAUUCAGAUGAACGUGACUGUGAGCUGAGGACAUGUCAUCCUGGAUAUUUCCAAUGUAGCAGUGGGCAUUGUGUUGCAGAACGCUUCAGAUGUGAUGGAAGUGCAGACUGUCUUGAUUUCUCUGAUGAAGCAACUUGUCCAACACGCUAUCCUAAUGGUACAUACUGUCCACCUAUGUUGUUUGAGUGUAAAAACCAUGUCUGUAUCCAGCCAUAUUGGAAAUGUGACGGUGACAAUGACUGUGGAGAUGACUCUGAUGAAGAACUUCACCUUUGCUUGGAUAUUCCCUGUGAACCACCAUUCCGUUUCCGGUGUGAAAAUAAUCGCUGUAUCUACAGUCACGAGCUGUGCAACCAGGAGGAUGACUGUGGAGAUGGAAGCGAUGAGAAAGAGGAGCACUGUAGAGAGCCUACCCCAAGACCUUGUAUGGCUGAAGAAUUCAAAUGUGGUAAUGGAAACUGCAUUCCUCUACAUUAUGUAUGUGACGAUUAUGAUGAUUGUGGAGACCAUUUUGAUGAAAUAGGCUGCAACUCAGGAACAGGACGAACUUGUGCUGAAAAUAUCUGUGAACAUAACUGUACCAACUUAAGUGAAGGAGGCUUUAUCUGUUCCUGUAGGCCAGGGUACAAUGCCAGUGAACUGAACCGGAACUCCUGCGAUGAUAUCAAUGAGUGUGAGAUCUUUGGAACCUGCCCCCAGGACUGUAAGAAUUCCAAAGGAAGUUACGAAUGUUUCUGUGCUGAUGGCUUUAGGUCUGUGGGUGAUCAACAGGGAAAUCAGUGUGCUGCCAAUGGUAACCCACCAUUGUUACUCCUGCCAGACAAUGUGCGUAUUCGGAGAUACAAUAUCUCAUCACAGCAGUACUCUGACUACAUUGAUAACCAGGAGCACAUCCAAGCUAUAGACUACGACUGGGAUCCUGAGGGGAUAGGCCUGAGUAUUGUAUAUUACAGCAUUUUGGGACAUGGCUCUGAGUUUGGAUCCAUCAAACGUGCUUAUCUCCCCACAUUUGAUGGCAGUGGAAACAAUCCUGUGAAGGAAGUUGACUUGAAUCUGAAAUACAUAGUUAAUCCUGAUGGUCUAGCUGUGGACUGGGUUGGGAGGCAUCUUUACUGGACGGAUGCUGGAACAAAUCGAAUAGAGGUAGCAAAGCUAGAUGGACGGUACAGGAAGUGGCUUAUUUCCUCUCUACUGGAUCAACCGGCAGCUAUUGUUGUGAAUCCCAAGCUUGGGCUUAUGUAUUGGACUGACUGGGGGAGGCAGCCAAAGAUUGAAUGUGCCUGGAUGGAUGGACAGCAAAGGCGAACGCUGGUUUCUGAAGACCUUGGCUGGCCCACAGGCCUUUCUAUUGAUUAUCUCAACAAUGACAGGCUGUACUGGACUGAUUCUAAAGAAAAUAUUAUUGAAUCCAUGAGACCUGAUGGAACAGACAGAACCACUGUAUUACAUGGAGUCAGCAGUCCGUAUAGCCUUGAUGUCUUUGAAGGCCAUUUAUAUUGGAUUUCUAAGGAAAGAGGUGAAGUCUGGAAGAAAGAUAAAUUUGGAAAUGGAGAAAAGGUUAAAAUGCUGACUGUAAACCCUUGGCUCACUCAAGUGCGUAUCUAUCAUCAGCAUAGAUACAAUCAGUCAGUGCCUAAUCUUUGUAAAGAUGUCUGCAGCCAUCUCUGCUUACUGAGACCAGGGGGAUACACUUGCUCUUGUCCACAAGGGGCUCAUUUUAUAGAAGGCAGCACCACAGAGUGUGAUGCAGCCAUUGAAUCCCCUCCAACAAUGCCACCAGCAUGUAGGUGUAUGUAUGGAGGAACAUGCUAUAUUGAUGAAAAUGAUCUUCCCAAAUGCAAGUGUUCUUAUGGCUACACGGGAAAUUAUUGUGAAAUAGGAAUGUCAAAGGGAGUGCCUCCUGGAACAACCGCAGUAGCAGUGUUGCUGAUAGUCAUUCUAAUCAUAAUAAUUGGAGCAUUGGCAGUUGGAGGGUUCUUUAACUACAGACGGACAGGCUCCCUCUUGCCAGCACUUCCCAAACUACCAAGCUUAAGCAGUCUUGUAAAGUCCACUGAAAAUGGCAAUGGGGUGACCUUCCGAUCUGGAGCAGAUGUGAGUAUGGACAUCGGUGUGUCUGGCUUCGGAGCUGAUUCUACUAUAGACAGAGCAAUGCAGAUGAAUGAAAACUUUGCCGUGGAGUCAGGGAAGCAGCCAAUCACGUUUGAAAAUCCAAUGUAUAUAACCAGAGAAGGUGGAGCCAGUGUAGUGAAUGUAGCUCAGCCUCCAUGUGUGACUGCAUCUGAUAGUGAGGAAAAUGAGAAUUUUGGAAAUCCUGUCUACUCUGCUGCAAUAUCUGCUAGUGCACAGCAACCUUCUGCAAGCAUAGAAACAACACAGGAAACAAAGUGGAGUUUCUUCAAAAGAAAACUGAAACUAAGUACUAAUUUUGAAAAUCCAAUCUAUGCAGAGAUGGAGAAGGAACAACAAGGGGACACUGAAAAUGUCUCUCUCCCCUCUCCUUCACAGCCUCCUAAGAUUACUCUCAAGAGAGACCCACCUUUAGCUUAUACAGCAACAGAGGAUACAUUUAAAGACACCGCCAAUCUUGUUAAAGAGGACUCUGUUGUAUAACUAGUUAAUCAGUUAGAGAAUAAUUAGACAUACCCAUUUGCACAUAUAUUUUUUAUAAACAGAAGGAAAAAGGUUCACAUUCAAAUGCUUUAUAAAAAAUAUAUACACCUUUUAGCCAAUAGCUGAAGAUGUUUUUUGAAGCUAUGCCUUGUUUUUUUGACAAAUGCCAACUGCUAUUUUUAUGAACAAUUAUCAUGAUGUACUAUAUGUAUAUCUUUGCACUGAAGCUGUCUGAAAGUAAUGUUAUAAAUAUAUUGUACAUUUGUAAAUUUUUGAAAGAUUAUCUUGUUUGUUGAUGUAGCUAAAGAAAUCUGUUUUGAAUUGGUUGUUGCAUCUUUAGGGAUAAAUCCAUUAUAUACAUGAUUUAACUAAAAAAAAUCAAAGUAAAUAUAGAAGUUUUCUGAUUUACAGAAAAGUUUAGAGCCUAUAUAUUUAUAACAGCACCUUCUUAAACUUGUACUGGUGUGUUGUGUAUCUCUACUACCCAUUUAAUAUACUACUGUAUAGAAAAAUGGGUCUCUCUGUCCUCUCUCUCUGUAUAUCUCAUAUUAAACAAAAGAUGGAAAAUUCAGUACAGUGUAUUUUGGCUGAAUAGCUACCUGCACAGAAUAUUGUUCUUGCAAUAUUUUGUCUGGUUGAAAUCAAAUAAUUCCUCCCCAGAUCCAUAAUACAUGUAUUUUCCCUCUAGGUUCCAAUUAAAAUAUCCCAUUAACAGCGUUCAUAGGAAGAGUUGAUAUAUUUAAAUUUUAGUACCAUGCUGUAAUUUCAUACUUAAUUUAAUGAGAUUUUCUCCUGAUCAUCAAUGGAAUAACUCUGUUCUUGGCUGGAGUCUCUGGAAGUCGUUUGUACUGUUAAAUGAAGUAGCUAGCAAAGUACAAAAGAUGCUGGUUAAUUUAAAAAUGAACCAGCUUUUUUCAUGUGAAAAAUUUAAUUUUUAUUGACUAUUUAUUUCCUGAGGUGGACAUUAAUAGAAAGGGAAACAGUUUCUACUGAUGCAAUCUUUGUAGGUCAUCCGGUUAUAUCCAUAACGUUCUAUCAGAAUAUUCUGUACAUGUUGCUAGCUUUUCCAUUAAUUAGCCAGUUUAGUUUCCAUAACAUGAACCAUUUAAGGAAAGUCUAAGCACCACUGCAGGAAUAACUCUAAUAUGUUAUUUAGCAUUCCUGGCUAGUUACUCAUAUAACUGCAGGUUCCUAAAUUUAUAAUCAAUGAGACUUCUGCUGUUUGAUUGUUUCAUGCCUGAGUUCUCAAAAUAUAUCCUAUCCCUAUUUAGAAUGCUUGUUGUAAUGACUUUGAAAUGUAUUUUGAUUAGAAAAGAUAACUGGAAAAUGAUGCUGCUGAAUAAAUCUAAUAAAUGUGUUAUUUUAUCAU